GAUGGUUUUCACAGCUCUAUCAGGAACAGAAACUCGAAGACUUUAAAUAGAGUUUUUUACUAGGCAAUCAAAAAAGAGAUUUUUACAAAAUAGCCAAGCAAAAUUGAAAGUGCGAUCUGGGCUGGAUUGGAUUGAUUAUUUGUGGUUAUUGGAAGGCUAAGACUAAUGCUCUGCUGCAAACAAAACCAAAGCAAUUAACUGCUCUAAGCAGCUGGCCAGUAUUUCACUUUUUAAAAGAAGUGCGUAAAAUAAUAAAUAAACGAGUGGUCGUGCGAUUCGGGGAGCAAGAAGUUAACUCGGCGCAGGAUGUUACAACAGCGUCAGUGUAUUGUAGUCAAUAUGCGAUCAGCUAUUGCCUUAAUUGUCAUUUUCGUGCUCAAUGGCAUUAAGAAUAGCGAGACAGCCAGCGGUGGCAAUCAAAUGGAUCUCAGUGAUUCCAAGGCAGAUCACAGCAAGGACAAUAGUAAUGUUAGCAACAACAACGACAACGAGGUCUUUAUGCCUGCAUUGGGCAACAUGAUAACCAAAUCGUUGGCCAAUGAAUCAAGCAUCAGUAGCGGCAAUGGCAACGGAAACGGCAACCUGGUGUGUCCCAUGGAUAAGGACACACCUUGUGAGAAUUUGCCGAUCCCAUGCAUCCGAUGCUCAUACAACUAUGCAUGUCACUAUGGACGUGAGGUGAACAUUACAUGCGAGGCCAUUAACAAUGUCCAAUGUCAGGGCGAACGUUCGUUUCAACGUUCCAUGAAUUGCCGCUAUUGCUAUCAGACAGAGCUGUGGCAACAGAAUUGUGUUCAACGCGCCCACUGCAAUUCGGCAGCGGAUAAAUAUUAUCGUACCAAUUGCACCGUUUCGUCAGAAGUCCUGUGUCUAGGAAAUCGCUCAUUUACCCGAAAUUUGCGAUGCAAUUGGACGCAAGGAUAUCGAUGGAGUACGGCUCUCUUGAUCAGUUUAACAUUAGGUGGCUUCGGAGCUGAUCGCUUCUAUUUGGGUCACUGGCAGGAAGGCAUUGGUAAACUCUUCAGUUUCGGUGGCCUCGGUGUGUGGACUAUAAUCGAUGUGCUACUUAUAUCUAUGCAUUAUCUGGGUCCUGCCGAUGGAUCGCUAUACAUUUAAGCCACACAAAAGGACGUGACUUUUAGACAUAGGUAAAUGUAUGUACAUAGAUAUAGUUGUAGAUUAUAGUAGUGUAUACAUAUGUUUCGCAUAAGACUGCAAGCCAAAAAAGCCUAGAUAAUAAGCAAUAAAUGUCGAAUCAGAAAUAUAUAAUUCUGUAGUAUGGUUUUAAA